AUGUUCACCGCGGCCCAGUCCGGUCACGAUGUCGACAUUGAUUCACUCCCCUGGACUCUCCUUCUUUUCACCUCUUGCAGGGACACUUCAGGACAAGGAAGAUUUUGCACUAUUUUUCGUUCGUAUUCCAGAGGAGCUCAGGGCGUCAUCCUGGUCUAUGACAUCACGAACCGCUGGUCGUUUGACGGCAUCGACCGCUGGAUAAAGGAGAUCGACGAGCAUGCCCCGGGAGUGCCCAAGAUCCUGGUGGGGAACCGUCUGCACUUGGCGUUCAAGCGGCAGGUGUCCACCGAGCAGGCGCAGUGCUACGCCGAGCGCCUCGGCAUGACCUUCUUCGAGGUCAGCCCCCUCUGCAACUUCAACAUCACCGAGUCCUUCACCGAGCUGGCGAGGAUCGUGCUGAUGCGGCACGGCAUGGACCGGCUGUGGAGGCCCAACAAGGUACUGAGUCUGCAAGACCUCUGCUGCCGCGCCAUAGUCUCCUGCACCCCCGUUCACCUGGUCGACAAGCUCCCCCUCCCGGUUGCCUUACGAAGCCAUCUGAAGUCUUUCUCCAUGGCGAACGGACUGAACGCCAGGAUGAUGCACGGCCGAUCGUACUCGCUCACCGCCAACAACUUAAACAAACGGCACAGCCUGAAGAAAGCCAAGAUCAUCCGUCCGCCGCAAAGCCCCCCCAAGGACUGCACAAGGAACAGCUGCAAGAUAUCCUAAGCAAGAGCCAUGGAAGGAUCCUUGGGGGCGGAGACUCUAUAUCCCUCCCUCGAGGAAGCUGUUAAGCGACAGGACGUUCAUUGCUCCCCUUCUUUGUCCAGAAGUUUAGGUCUCCCGAGAUAAUGCUGCUUUUAUUUUAGACAUCACAUGAUGUCGCUGUGUUCUAUAUGCAUGGCCCGUUUUUAUUUUUUUGUUUUUUUACUAUUUUUAUUGCCCUUUUAUUUGUGGUCUGCUUCAGUCAGGACACCGCAUCCUUCCUCCCCCACCUCCGCCACCAGCAAGCUUAUGCGGGUCUUACUAUGUGAAUGUGUGCUCCCUUUUAAUGGAAAGUAUUGGACCCCGUUCCCCUGGAAGAGCGCCCUGUGUUUUUUAUUUUUAUUUUAUUUUUUAUUAUAAAUUGUGCUGCACCCCAAGGUAUACAGUGUAUACACCGCAACACCCCCCCCCCCAACCGCCCCCCCCCCCCCCCGACCUCCAGUCAUCCCCGCUACAACAAAGGCUGCUCCACGGGUGUAUUUAACAUGCACUGUCAGGUCUCUGUGAGGAAAGUUAGAUUUUUUUUUUAUUUUUUUUUUGUUAUUUUUAAUGUUAUUUAAUACUUUUUGGGGAUUUCUCCAUGAUGAUGAAAUAUGACUAUAUAUAUAUAUAUAAAUAUGCUUCUAUUUCUGUAAAACUGAAUAUUUUGUACCAGAUGUAAGAAGAGUUGCCGAGUUUAAAAAGAAAACAAAAAGAAAAAAAACACACAAAAAAAAUGACCCAAAUGCCAAAGACGUGUUUGGAUUGUGAAUGUUUUAUUUGCGAUGCGUUUGUGACUUUCAAUGUGAUUUAAAGAAAUGUUUUAUAAAGAGGAAGAAACGCUAUUUAAGGAAAAAAAUAAAUGUCUUUAAAAGCUUGUGA